AUUAUUCUCAAAUUGUAUUUAUAGAGGUCUCCCCGUUCUUUCAUCCGUGCCUUCUUUCACUUGUCACUCAUACCUUAGUCUCUCCCCUCGCUUUCGGUACUGUACUCAUAUUUAGCUCACUUUGUUCCACACUAAAAUCUCUAUCAUACAAAAACUCCUCCAGAAUCAAAUAGCAUGACGGAAACUGCUCAACCGCCACGGGAAUAUGCAUCUAUUGCAUCCCCCAUACCAGCAACUCGAACGAAUACCCACGACUCCAGAAUCUGCCAAACAACAACACAUGUUUCAUAUAAAGAGAUACGCGAUCCAGAACUCGACGUCAAUCUCCUAUACAGAACUCUCGACGACGGUGCCAACUUGAAGGAAUACCAAGUCGAGACACCGUCCGGUGAGAUUGACGGUGGCCUAGAACCAGACGGAAAGACAAAUUGGAAGCUCGCCACAUUCAAACCAAAUGAUCCAGAAAACCCCAAAAAUUGGUCAAAAGCUUUUAAAUGGUAUUGCACCAUGGUUGUGGCAUUGACUUGUUUCGCGGUUGCAUUCUGCUCUUCGGUUAUCACAGCAGAUAUUGUCGGUAUGGAGGAGGAGUUUAAUCGAUCCGAGGAGGUGGCCCUUGUUAGUAUUUCGAUAUUCGUUGUGGGAUUUGGAAUAGGUAUGUGAACUUAUGAUGAACUUGUGUUCGUUUAGAAUUCAAAGUUAAUGAAAUCCCAGGGCCAAUGGUUUUUGCUCCCCUCAGCGAAGUUCUCGGCAGACGAAUCAUCUACGCAUCCACUCUACUUGUCGCCGUUGUAUUCAUCAUUCCCUGUGCUUUGGCACCAAACAUCCAGACUCUCCUAGUAUGUAGAGCCAUUGACGGAAUAGCCUUUUCAGCUCCAAUGACGCUUGUUGGUGGAACGCUCGCCGAUAUGUGGCGUACAGAAGAACGAGGAGUUCCUAUGGCAGCUUUUUCAGCAGCACCCUUCAUCGGGCCCGCAAUUGGUCCGCUAGUUGGUGGAUUUCUCUCCGAUGCCCUGAGAUGGAGAUGGUUGUACUGGAUUCAACUCAUUCUCGCCGCCUUCGUUUACAUCUUGAUGGCUUUCACAGUCCCAGAAACCUACGCCCCAACCAUUCUUGCUCGACGCGCAAAGAAGCUCCGAGAAUCCACAGGUGAAAAGGAGUAUGUCACAGAACAAGAUAUCGACAUACGACCUUUCAGAGAACGCCUCGGUGUCUUCCUCAUCAGACCUUUCCAGCUCCUCUUUGGCGAAUUGAUCGUCUUCCUCGUUUCCGUAUACAUGUCCGUUCUGUACGGCUUAUUAUACAUGUUCUUCGUAGCGUUCCCAAUCGUUUAUCAACAAGGAAAGGGAUAUUCAGCAGGUAUCACAGGAUUGAUGUUCAUCCCCCUCGCACUCGGCGUCAUUGCCUCAGCAUGCUGCGCUCCAUUCGUCAACAAGCACUAUCUAAAGCUCAGCGCAAAACAUAACGGCUCCCCACCCCCCGAAGUCCGACUCAUUCCAAUGAUGGUCUCCUGUUGGUUCAUUCCCAUCGGUCUCUUCAUCUUCGCUUGGACCUCCUAUCCACAUCUCUCCUGGGCGGGCCCAGCCAUCGGCGGUUUCCCCGUGGGAUUCGGAUUCAUAUUCCUCUACAACUCCGCCAACAACUACCUCGUUGGUUCGUAUCAGCAUCAAGCUGCUUCCGCGCUAGCUGCCAAAACCUUUCUGAGAAGUUUCUGGGGUGCGGCGGUGGUGCUUUUCACGGCGCAGAUGUAUGCGAAAGUCGGAUAUCAGUGGGCUUCUAGUAUUUUGGCUUUCAUUUCUUUGGCCUGUUGUGCGAUUCCGUUUUUGUUCUACUUUUAUGGGGAAAGGAUAAGAAGACAUAGUAAGUUUGCGUAUAGUGGGGAUGAUGAGGAGACUUUGAAGACCAGUGCAAGGGAGAGAGCUACAGAGGCGGAUUUGGAGAGGGCAAAAAGUUAUGUUAGCAAUCCAUGAACGGGGUUGAGUGUAUAACGAGGAAAAGCGCUUGGUGAAUUGUUAUUUCUAGAAGAUAGAAUUUAGUGGAUAUAGAAUAGGGAGCUGAAUUAGAGUUUUCUUUUUGUUGUUUAGAUUAGUCGUAUACUCAGGCAGAUAGCAUCUACAAGAUAAGCUAAUUAUAAUAGACAGUUUAAAU